AUGCCUCGGGAACGAUUUUAUCAGAAGUUAGGCCUCGACUUGGUUCAAGCCACUCAAAAUGAACUGGAUUUUCUACAGCAGGUGGACGAAUGUCCCUCGCUUUACAAGAGGUCGGCUCUAAAAAAUGCUAUCAGACGAUAUGAAGUGUUUUGGUUGCCUCUUGCUGCCAGAGAGGGUUAUGGGAGCAGAUUCCUCGCCGCUCCACUAGAUAUUGCAUGGGUGUGGCACGUUCAUAUGUUGUCGCCGUACGACUACGAACAAGAUUGCCUCAACUGUGUCUCAAAAAUAGUCGACCAUGUUCCUCUUGGGGACCUUGAACGCAAACGCGGUUUAGAAAAAGCGAGGUACCUAUGGAAAAGGGAAUACCCAGAUGAGCCGUUUGAAGUCGAUUUAUCUCAAUCACAGAUUGUACAGAUGGAUUGCAACAACUCUAAGAUUCAAUACGAUUUAGAAAGAGCGUGUUACCGCCAGUCCAAAUUCUACUAUCAAGUAUCUUUGCCUCAUUACAGAGAUGCUAAAUUUCUAGAGAAGGCUAUUGAGCGAUAUGAACACCAUGUUAUGUUCAACAAACAAAAUCCAGGGGUAUUUGUCGUUCCAUGUUACGAUUUCGAUCUUAUUUGGCACGUGCACCAGCUUCAUCCGGUUAACUACAAUCAAACAACCAAGCGUUUCCUUGGACAGGUGUUACACCAUGAUGAUUCUGCAACGAGCCGCAGUCCAGGAUCUAUGCUGUGUGACUCAGAGGAAAAGACAAGAUCACUGUGGAAAACUGCAGGUUUGCAAUUUGCCUUGCCAGGGACCAUGUACAGAGGAGAUCGUCCGGACCCUGUUCCUCCAAGAUCAAGGUGGUCGUACGUUCCACUUGCUCGCCGUGAAUAUGAAGUGGACAUUCUUCAGGUAGAAACAUUCAAUAUGAAUAAGAAAACGUUUCUUAUUCAAUUAAAGGACCCCCAACAAGAUGAGAUUUUUUCACACAGUUUUCAAGGUAGGCCUUAGGUUAUAGUUAGCAUUACCUGCCUACCGGAGGGGAGGUACUUUAGGAAUUUCUGGGUGGGGAUGUUCCGCUGAGACCCUGGAACCCUUAACCUAUACCAGAGCUAGUUCAGCUGAAUUUUGCUACCCUAUACUAGAGUAAACUCCUCAAAUCCCCCCUAUCCUAGAGUAGCUGUUUUCUAGAAACUACUGAGGUCACUAGCACAGUCUAGCCAAAACAAAACCUUAUACCACAAUCACUAGUGUAUAUAAAAUCUUCAACCAACUGAUCAGUUUCCUGAAAAAUGAUACCCUAUUCUAGACCCAAACGCUCUGAUUUAUAUACCCUAUCCUAGAGUAAACUGCUUGAAAACCAUACCCUUCACAGCGGCACAUACCUAUAUAGCCCAUAUAUGGCAGUACCCACGCCUGAGCGUUUUACCAAGAACGAGCGCCAUGGCCCUUGUUCAAUCCACUCCUUCAUGUCUUUCGACUGAUAUCAACCGAUGUUUCUAGCAUGCAUUUAUCCGAACAAACACAUCAACUCAAGGCUCGGGGGUGAAAAAUAUAGUCAAACCUGUGUUAAGCGGUCACCCUUUGGGAAUGUCUUACUCAAAGUGACCACCGGUUUAAUGGAGGUGAAGACGAUAAAAAAUAGAUCUGAAGAGAUUAAAAGUCACGUUUACGACAAACGGUAAACGUCAGAUUCAAGGUUGAGAAUUUCGCAGAAUAGAAAAUAAGCAGAUAAAAACUGUUCAGAACAAUUCUUAUAGAUAAAACUGGCGUAAAACUACUUAUUUUUGAGUACAAGUAAUAAACAGAAAACGACAACUAAGGGGAAAACUUGGUGUUGUGGUACAAAGUCACGUUUACCGUUUGGCGCAAACGUGACUCUUAUAAGAGUUUAAGCAUCACGUAUACGGCAAACGGCAAACUUCGGAUUCAAGUUAAGAAUUUCUCAAAACAGAAAAUGAGCAGAUAAAACAGCUCAAAACAAUUCUUAUGGAUAAAAAAAUUCUAUGAAACUACUAAAAUAUGUGUUGAAAUAAUGGAAGUAAACGAGAAAGAAAGGGGAAACUUGGUUACGUACGUGAAACAAAUUCACGUUUGCCGUUAGACAUAAACCUUAAGGUCUCUGUAUUACGUUUAAGAUCGGGUUUUGCCAUCUUACCGCAAACGGCAAUCCGCGGUUUGCGGUUAGUGGUUUCACGCUUCCUGUCUGCCCGUAUUUAGGAAUUAAGAUUCGCGGGUGGUAGCUCGAUGCUGCCAUGUUUGUUUUUAUUCAUUCGUUCACCUCUAUUUAGCCGAGAAAUCGUCUUGAAAGUUACGUUUCUAUGAAAAAUACUUCACUAAUUAAUUAGCGAAAGAGUUCUAAAAAGGAGUAUUUUCUCUCAAACGUGGGAUUGUGAUGUUUUAGAGUGCUAAAAACCUUGCGGUUAAUCACUUACCUCUAGAGCGUGGUCUAGCCGUACAAACGUGAACCUCAAACCGCAAACGUGACCACAAGGCACUAGUCACGUGACUUCUUGACGUUUGCGGUUCGCGGGAACUGCCAAAAAACCUCACUCUUAAGGUCUCUAUUUAACCUCUUUAUAAAUCUCUCUAAUAACUCGUUGGGACCUCGGUAAAGAUGUGCGCUUAACACAGGUCAGUUUCACAGUAAUUAAGGGAAAUGAUUUCCGGGACUUUGGUAAGUGACCGCUUAAUAGAGGUCCGCUUACUACAGGUUUGACUGCACAGUGAUUUGUAUGAAACUAUUUACCCAAGCCUGGACCUCAUUUCUUUGUGUUAAAUAGAGAACAAGAUUGACUAGUCCAGAAUUUUGGGCAUCGGGGACUUCAAAGGCUUGACCGGAUUUAGGGAUGUGCAGAGCGUCCUUUUCUUCUCCUCUCUCAGGGAGGCAAAAGAAGACUCUGCUCCCAUGAGCGCUUGAGAUGACGAACAAUUCUGUCCAUUUCGUUUGUUAGCAGUGACAGAUCCAGGGGAGGGGCCCAGGGGGCCCGCCCCCCCUUAUCUCAGGGUAUGGGUGACCGCCUCCUCCUCCCCCCACCCUCCCCACUCCCCUGAAGGUCUGGAUCCGUUAUUGGUUAGUUAUCACCACCCUCGGUGUUUUGUCCGCUGUAAUAACUCUAAAAGUUUUUAUUAUUAUUUUCCUUUGAAGGUAACCGUGCGGUAAAGAAUCUAAACACAACGCGCUUCAGUGUAGAUAAUGGCGAAAACCACACACUCACAGCUAAGAUAUACCGCAAAAAGUUACUUUUGCAAAGUGAGUUUAUUGCUCAAUCCUCCGUGAGUGUGCUAACAUUCCUCGAUGCUGCUCCAGUCAGCGGGGCGUUAACUGCAUCUGUUACAGUUUCCUUCAAAGAUGACGAUGGUCAGUAUAUGGCGCAGAUAACGAUGAUAAUCAGUCCUGCAGCUGUCCAAGAAUACAACUUUGAAUUUAAAACUGGCACUUUCUAUGCUCAUAAGCAUCCCUCGGAGGUUCUUAAUAAUUCCCAACUUGUGCUACCUCCUAAAGAUCUGGCAAACCCGAUCUUGGUGUGCAGUUCAUCUUCAGAAAAAAUAAUUGACUGGAGAGAAAAAGACGCGUUCAACUAUCGAAUAGUCCAUUCCAGUUAUGGACUGAUAUCUGCUGUUGAGGUCCUAAAUCGGGAACAGCAAGUCGUUGCUUCAGCUCAUACCAUCAACCAAAGCGUAUUGCCUCAGGCAGAAGCCGUUCAAGACGCAAACAAGUGCAUAGUCCUGAAUCAAACAGAAGGCGAGAGAGCCAUGCUUAUUCGAGGAGAGAAUAAAGACUGGGGCGUGUGUAUCGGAAAAUGGCAGGAGGAAAUUACACCAAAGGAUGCGAAAAAAUACGUAGUAAAUAGGUUCGUUAGCAUCAGGUUUUUUAAACUGUUUCGUGAACAAGGGUGGUGCCUUGUGAGAAAAUCGGGCGGAAUCUUUGUGAUUAAAGUGGACUCCAACACAGUGAUGAGACUGAACAUGACGAACAGCAAAGUGUACAUUUCUCCACACGCUCAAGCCAUUCCGGAGGUUCUGGCUCUUUCACUGGCAAUAGCUGUUCUUCAUCUGCUCUGUAUGCCUUACGUGCCUCAAGAAGGGAUGGAAUCAAGUCACGAUGACCAGGUAUCCGUAAGGGAUCCGAUCAUAUCAUCCAUGUUACUCGCUGCUGGUUUCUAUUGUCGUAUUGUGCCCACUAAUGUGUACAUGAACCGCGUACUCGGUAAAGAUUCCUGCGCUUCCUGUGGAGGCUACUAUGGACUUGCUACUUAUGAUUUCAAUGAAGAUCCGGUUCGUGAGUGGAACAAAGGACCGGUAAGCAGAUGCGGGCGCUCGAGUGAAAGUGCUUCAGGAAAUGAUGAUCAAGAAGAAGAACUUUAA